GUAACAAUCAUUCUUCUGUCUCUGUAUCCUUAAAAGGCAGACGUGAAAGUGAAUCUCCGCCUCUAGUUCUCUCUCUCUCUUAUCACAUCUCUUUUUUUUGAACCUCCAAUAUUAAAAACAAAUAAAUCGAAAAAUCUCUGUAACUAAACUUCCACAGUUCCACCGAUACUAGUGAUUUUGAUCUCUUCAGAUUCAAAAUUUAGAAGUGAAUACCGCUACUAGAGCUACAUAGUGUCAUUUCUUUCUUUUCGGACUUAUGUUGAAUCUUUCGGUAGCGCCUUCUGUUUGUGGAAUAUUUCCCAAGGCUAAGGUUUAUUCUACUUCGUCUGUUCCUUCAUUGAUGGUUUCUCCGAUUUCUUGUUCUUUUUCGAUCGGGUCGAACAACUAUUCGUCCUGGAAGGUUGCGAUGGCUGAGUUGGUGGAUGAUAAAGAAUCCACUGGUAAGCGGGGUAUUCUGGGAAGUGCGGCGGUUCUUGCCUCGGAUUCAGGGGCGGAGAAGGAAGUCGGUCAUUCACGGACAUUUCUUGAUGUUCGAAGUGAAGAAGAACUGCUCUUGGGAAUUAGAAAGGAAGCAGAAUCUGGAAGGCUUCCUCCUAGUGUUGCUGCUGGAAUGGAAGAAGUAUAUGAGAAUUAUCGAAAUGCGGUUCUUCAAGGUGGGGAUCCCAGGGCAGAUGAAAUCAUAUUGUCAAACAUGGCUGUUGCAUUUGAUCGUAUGUUGUUGGAUGUAGAGGAUCCUUUUGUAUUUUCACCACACCACAAAGCAAUAAGGGAGCCUUUUGACUACUACAUGUUCGGCCAAAAUUAUAUUAGGCCAUUGAUUGAUUUCAGGAGAUCAUACAUUGGCAACAUCUCCAUCUUCAGUGAUGUGGAAAAAAAGCUUCAGCAGGGUCACAAUGUUGUCUUGAUCUCCAACCACCAGACAGAAGCAGAUCCAGUUAUUAUUGCAUUGUUGCUGGAGAAGACAAAUCCACAUAUUGCUGAGAACAUGAUAUAUGUUGCUGGAGAUAGAGUUGUAACAGAUCCUCUCUGCAAGCCCUUCAGCAUGGGGAGGAAUCUUUUUUGUGUGUAUUCAAAAAAGCACAUGUAUGAUGUUCCUGAGUUGGCUGAGAUGAAAAAGCGAGCAAAUACCAGGACUUUGAAGGAGAUGGCAAAGCUUCUAAGGGGUGGAUCACAGAUAAUAUGGAUUGCACCUAGUGGUGGUCGAGACCGUCCAGAUCCAGUCACAAAGGAAUGGCAUCCAGAGCCAUUUGAUGUUUCUUCAGUAGACAAUAUGAGAAGACUUGUAGAACAUUCAGGUGUUCCAGGUCACUUCUUUCCUUUAGCACUGAUAUGCCAUGACUUGUUGCCCCCACCACCCAAGGUAGAAAAAGAAAUCGGAGAGCAGAGAGUGAUUUCAUUUCAUGGAGUUGGAUUAUCAGUAGCCCCAGAAAUUAACUUCAGUCAAAUUGCUGCCUGCCAUGAAAACCCUGAAAAGAUCAGUUUUAUACCUGUUUCAUGCACAUCUACUGUGAGUACAGAUUGGCUCUAUACUGAUUUUGUGAUUGUGGUUGAUAGUCCAAGUGCUGUUUUGAUUGUAGUAACCCUAAUUUUGAGACUACUGGUUCUUGACUGA